UACACAAACCAACACCCACCACAUUUUUAUGCCGGAGACUGGGUUGUAGGAAAUUGAAAGAAUAAAGAUGGGUGCACAUAAUUAUUCGUAUGUAUUUGAUUUUGAGGAACAAUUCAAUGAAAAUGAAUUUAAUCGAUAUAUGAGAGAACAUUGGACGGACAGCUUUAUUUAUUCAGCAGUCUAUCUGAUAAUUAUUUUUGGAGGAAAGCAUUUUAUGUCAAAACGCCGGCGAUUUGACCUUAGACCCUACCUGGCGACAUGGAGUGGAGGACUGGCGAUUUUCAGUAUUUUUGGAGCCAUUAGAACAGUCCCUGAAAUUAUAUCUGCCAUUAAAAAUCAUAGUCUUGAAUAUUCGAUUUGUGUGCCGUCUUAUUUUGAAGGAGUUACUAGCUUUUGGUGUUUUCUAUUCACCGUAUCUAAGGUGUUGGAACUAGGUGACACUUUAUUUAUAGUGCUACGAAAACAGCCGUUGAUCUUCCUCCACUGGUUUCAUCACAUAACCGUGCUUAUAUAUGUUUGGUACACCUAUCCACAGAAAAUGGCUUCUGGAAGAUGGUUCAUGACCAUGAAUUAUACAGUCCAUUCCAUCAUGUAUUCUUACUAUGCAUUAAGAGCUAUGAGAGUCAAUAUUCCAAAAUGGGUCAAUAUGGGAAUUACUUUCCUUCAACUACUUCAAAUGAUCAUGGGCUUACUUAUUAACAUAUUAGCAUACAGGGUAUUAGACCAAGGAUCCUAUUGUGCGCACAGUUACACUAAUAUACGCUACAGUGUAUUAAUGUACUGCAGUUACUUUGUCCUCUUUGCUCAUUUCUUCUAUACAACAUAUGUUGUACAAAGGCCAAAACAGCAUGUAAAGGAACAGUGAUGAUGUUGACAUUAGAAUCGUGCUGAAGUGUCAAUAUGUGAACUUGACAAACACAUAUUACUCUAUGUUUAAGGUUAAAUGACUUCUACAAAUUCUCACAUGGAGUGACAUAAAUAUUGUAUUGAAGUGAUCACUGAAAUCCUUCUUUAUUGGCAUUAUUUAAAUGAAAUAAUAGUAUCACUUGUUUGUAUUUUAUAAACAUGAUAAAUGUGUAAAUUCAUCUACACAAUUGUUGAACUUGCAUGAUUGAUUGCUGCAUUUUUUUCUAUGACAUUAUUUUUGGGGCAGGGAUUCCUUAAUUAGUUAAAACUACUGAUUUUUUUUUUAGCUCACACAUGUAUCAAUGUAACAGCAACUGGAUAUAAAAAAAAACUAAAAAAAAUUGUAUGUUAAGGGCUAGCUAUAUUUAAUUAAUUGAACUUUGAAAUUUUUUUUCCAAUGUUUCAAAUGUUAACAUAAUCAUGAUAAUUAAAUGCAGAAUUUUAAUUGUGUGGAUAGUAUUUUUUUCAGGGAACUUAUUACAUGCACAUACAUUUUUGUACAUGGAGUAUAUUAUAUCUCUAUCAGUAUUAAUUAAUAAUUCAUUAUAUUGCAAGCCAUAUCUAGUUUUAUCAUUGUGAUAUUCAAACUACAUGUACAAUGUAUAAACAGAUUUGGUACAAAUUGGGAAUUAUUCCCAAAAUAAGCCAACCAAAGGAUAUUUUUCCUUUGUUACUUUGUUCAAACACACAUGACCUGUUUUUCAGUAAUAUGCUGUUAACUUAUCCAAAAGAAAAAAAAAAUUUAAAACUGAAAAUGAAAACAAUGUUAAAAAUCCUGACUCAAAGCAAUAGUUACUAGCCUUAUCCCCCCAAAAAAGGCUUAUUUUAUAGGGAAGACGUCUUAAUUUUUUGAAACUGUAAAAAUGGUAGAAUAAAAUUUAUCUUUUUCUGCACACCAAUUGUAUGCCUUUUUAGGUAUUAAACAAUUAAACUAAAAAACUUUUAUUUUGCACUUUAAAAUUUUCCAUUUUAAGUGUGUUAGAGGGAUAUGUAUACUUAGUUGCUUAUUUUGGAAACAAUUUCUGAUUUGGAGAGGUUGUGUCCAACACAGCGAAGGUGUUCAAGACAUUGUCCUUCAUGUUGUCUCUUUAACCCAGACUCUUCUGCCACCCUCAGUAUGGUUGCACUAUUUCACUCUCAAGUGAAGCAAGAAAAUUUGACCUAUUUAGGAGAGAUAUGCAUGUAUUGUGUAUCAUGGGGCACCAUAAAGGAUAUUGUAAAUGAGCACAUGCCCAGGCCAACCCAAAUAAACUAGUAUACAUGUACAUAUAGUUUUCAUAUAAUUUAUUUGUUUUGAAUUGAGAGUUUUGUUGAUUUAUUUAAUUAAGCUUUAAUAAAUGUGUACAUUUGACUGUACUCACACUUUUUCAUGAUUGUGUGUGUUUAAUGUAAGGACUUAAUAAGUCCUUGUUAUGUGUUUUAACAACAUGUAUGUUGUGUAUUACAUGUAUCAGUGUCCUAGCUAGCUCAAAAAAGAGGUGAGCAGCAGCCCCUGCCCUUUCAGUGCAUCCAUCUGGCCUUAUAGUCCUGCAGUAUGCAUUUUUGUUUUCUAAUGGAAAAUAAAUACUUUCAACGCGAAGAAAAUCAUUUUUUAAACAUCUGGAAAAAUAUUUUAACAACCUCAUAAUGCAUGUAAUAAUCAGCCAAAAAUAUAUGAACUUAUUAAACAUGAUAAAUCUGUCCUUUUUCAGACAAGAACUUGUGCAGAUCUAGAAAUGUCCUUCAUCUUAAAAUAUAUUCAUCUGCUAGCUAGAACACUGAUUAUGAUUUGCAUUUAUCGUUGUUAAUUUCUAAUUAAUUGAUUAGUUUAUUAGUUAUUUACUGUUUUUUAACCAUUUACAUGUAAGUCUACAUUUUGUAAUUACAUGUAUAUGCACUUGGUACUUAUGUUGAGACAAGUGUCCUCAAAAGUUUUUGCUUUUCUUUUAUCUUCUCUGAAACCCCUAAGGUGUAUGCUGCAACAUAUUUUUUGUUGAGAAAAUUAAUUAGUAUGUUCAAAAAAAAUGCAUGAAAGUCAAACUUUUGUUAAGGAUUGUCAGAGGCAGCAAUAUUUUAUGCUCAUGGUACAUGUACACCCUUUUAUUGACAUAAUGUAAUAAAUUCGCUUUAAUUUUUCAUGAUUUUUUGCAUUUGCAUAAGUUCUCCAUUUUCUUGACUGAGGUACAGUUUCAGUCAAGAUAGACAUCAAAAUGUAUAUGUACUCAAAACUUCUGCCUACAUUGAACAUAUAUUUGAUUUUUCAUAAAAGAAAAGAAAAACAAAUAGACCAAAUAUAUAGUAUGUUGCAAAUACAUUACAGAGGUGGGGAUGUGCAGAAAGAAAGGUACAUAAAUGCUGGAAUUCUAGUCAUCCAUAUACCAGGUGCAUGUUGUCAAACAAAUAUUGUAUUCUUGAUAACAAUUAGAUGCGACACAAUAUCAAACAUUGUCAAUCUGGGUUCCGCUAGCCUGGGCAACUCCAAGUUUCUGGGAUUUAACUUUACAUUUUUGUUGAUGAUUUACAUUUAUAAGCUAGUCAUGCUACAAAUGUAGUUUGAUCCUCUAUUUGGAGUGUAUCAAGUCAGUCACAGAAUGGAACUCUCAGAUCCACAUUCAACAUGUUCAAUUUGGAAAUGUAUCAAUUGCACUCAAUUAUAUUGUGAUAUUUUAACUUUCCACAAGGAACUGUUAUUUGCAUACAUUUUUAACAUUAUAUGUACAUGGUCAUGACAGUAGUGUGUAACUUGAACCAUUUGUACAGUUUGAUGCAUGUUUUAUUACAUCGGGUUAAUAUGUAUUUUGAUCAUGUAAUCAUUUUUGACCGGGAACAACUUUAUUAUUCAUAGCAUGUCAGAUUAGUAUACUUGUAAGCCAUUAAUCAUUUAACAUUUUUUAAACUGGGUUUUAAGGCUAUAGUAAUUAAAGUCCUGUACAUAUGAAAACCUUACAUUAGUAAUUAUUUUGUACAACUUUGAGUCAUUAUAUUUUGUAUGUUUUAUGUAGUAACCAAAAAAAUUUUUGCAUGUUUUGUAUCCAAUUCAGUCUAGAAAUCUGGUGACUUGAGGGCAUACAAUACAGAAGCAAGGGUAGAUAAUAUUGCAUCAAAAUAUAACACAUAGUCUUUGCUAAGUUGCUAAAAAUUCACUCGAGUAAUCAAAGUGGUUAUUUGAAUAUAUGGAAAGCAUUUGCAAAGGAAAAAAUCCAUGACAAUGUUUCUUUUUUUAUAGAAUACACUGCAACAUAAUUAAGUGCCAAAAAAGGGAAAUUUUGGGAUCUCCAACAUUAAAAAGUUGGGAUUUCUGAUUUAGCAAAAAAAAAAAAAAGCACAUGGAACCCAAUAUUUUUCUUUUACAAUCGAUUGUGUACUGACUUCUUCAAGAAUGUUAAAUCAAAAUUGCAAAAAAAAAAUCAACGGUAGAUAUUUUUCUGCAUGCAUUGAUGGUGACAAGAAAAUUGUCCAUAUAAUUUCCUGAUUUUACAAAUAUUUCAUGGCAUACAACUUAAUUUUUGGGACUUACUUGAAAUCCUAUGAACUAAUUAGGAGACAAUUUGCAAAAAAAAAUGGUUGGAAAUAUCUCUUUUUCUUUUUAGUUAUUUUUUUGGAAAAGAGUUGAAAUAUGCCUAUGUUGUAAAUUUGUAUUUUUACAUGAAAUCUGCAAAAAUCAAACUGAAAUAUCUCAAAAAGUUAGUCAUAAAGUAUAUUUUUCUUUGCAUAUUUUCGUGCAUGCAUGUCAAAAAGAAAAAAAUCAAUCAUGGAUCUCUUCUGUAUCCUAUGCUCUUAACGGGCAUUCUAAAGGGAAAGGAUUUAAAUUUGUAUGGAAACAACAACAAACAUAAAAUGAAAGAUAUUUUAACCCAAAAUUGUUAGGUUCUUUGAGUAAAGAACAAGAAUUAGAACAUCUUGAAUGUAAAAGAUUGCACUUGUAGGUAAUUUUAGGGAAAUACUGUAUUAUUUUCUAAGAAAGGAAUUAUUUAUUGUGAUAUUUUAACUGUUUUAUGUUCGAUGAUAAAUAGAUGUGUCUGAAACACAUAUAGAUAUAUAACACAGAGUUUAUAAGCAAUUGGUACAAGUACAUAACUAGCACUGUCAAUUAUUAGUUAGUUGUUGUAAAGAUAUUUUUUCCCCAAAAAGUUUAAAUAGAUACAAUGUAUGUACCUUAUCUAAAUUGAAUUGGGCUCGAUUAAAACUUUUAAUGGCAUUUCAUUUACAUGUACAUUGUAGUAAUAUAAAAUCAUUUAUCUUAGAUAAAAUAUGUAACAUUUCACAGUAUUAUAUUUGCUUUCAUUAUUCUUUAAUUAUCUAUCAUGGUAAGAUGCUAAAAUAGACAUUAAUAUGUAUACACAUCCUCUGCAAUUCACUCUUGCUCCUUAUAUCUAGAAUGAACUUCCUGGUUAUUAAAAAAGGUUUUUGAAAACUUAGUUUUAUUAGAAUUUUUAUUAUUUAACCAUACAUUUUGAAUGGAAAUGAUGAAUUUAAGGGAAAUGUGAGGAAAUGUUCUUUGAGACUAUGUAUCAGAUUUAAUGCCUACAUAUGCGUUCAAUUACACACCAAAAAGAUGGAUUUUGGCACAAAAAGGUGACGAGUACAUUAUAAGAAUUAGUUUGAGAAAGUGAGGGGGAUUUUUUGUUUUAAAUAGUAUCACACAUAUCAAUUCCCUUUAUUUCAAAUAUCCAGUACAUAUGUAUUAAUCUAAUUGAUAUUAACAUGAUUAAUGAAUUUUUAUUCUUACUUUAUUUUUGCUUCAGUAAGUGCAUUUCAGGAAAACUGCCAUAAUUGCCUAGUGUUUUUGGGGGGUUGUUUUUGUUUGCAUGUUUUUGUUAAUUUUUUAGAUAUUCAUGUAUUCAAGUCUUACCCAAAACACUUUUGACUACCGGUACAAGAUGUUUUUUUUUUUACAUGACUACAAAUGUGAUAAAUGCAUGUCUUUUUGGCAUGCUCGAUUUGCUCUAAAGCUGAUGGCUGUAAAUUGUUAAUGGCCUUUUAUUUGAAUCCAAAGAAUGCAUCAGCAAUUAUAGAAUAUAUUUGAACUGUAAAGAUUCAUACAAGUAGAGACAUGAGUGGUAAUAAUGUAAUAAUACCUUAAAAUGUUUUCUUGGACAAGCAUCUGCUACAUAGACAACUUUUUAUUGUUUACAUUUUCCUGUACAUUUCUGAUUUCACAAUGCUUAUGUUAUUACAUCACAGUGAGAGUAGAUUGUUCAAUGAUGACAAUUACACCAAUUGACCCCGGGUUUGAACAUUCUAUUUAAAACAAGGGACUUAAUCUGGUGAUUUGCAUAACAUUUAACAAAAUAUUUUCUGUAAUUUAAAAUUUCAUAUUUGUAGCUAAUCAUUUGAGGUACGGUACAUAUUAAAAUAUAAUGUAUUUUUUAAAUCUUACAAUGACAUUUAUAACCUUUUAUUUUUGGCAAAAAAACAUGGAUUUAGAAAUCUUUCACCUUAAGAUUUUGGGGUUUUUUAAAAGUUGAUCUGUAUUAAUUCACCAUAAAAUGUUACUAUCAUUUUACAUUGACAUUAAAAGAUGACUGCAGUAGUAAGAUCUGUUAAAAGUAACUUAAAUAAGGACAUAUUACAUGUAUACUUUUAAAAUGGCCUAGUAACCUGACUGACAAGGUGUACUUUGAAGUUGUGAACUUUAAUUUUAUCACAUAUCUGUUUGUUUUAUGAUAAUAUACUCAUCAAUGAUUGAAUUUUGUUCAAGGUCGUUUGGUGUAAAAUUAUUGACAGAACUCUGAACCUCAGGAAUGUAGAAAUUGUUAUGUCCAAAAUAUUAAAACUCUUAAUUGAUUAUAUAUUUUAGUUUGCACUAGUUAUUUUCAAUAUUUUAUUACUUCGAAUUGCUUGUUUGGUAUUUGUAAAGUAUUGUAACAGUAUAGCAUGAUUUUGCUUCCAAUAUUACAAAGUGUUAACAAAGAUUAGACAUGUGACCUCUGGUCAUCCACCUCUAGCUAUACCAACAGAGAUAGAUAAACAAUGUCAUGAAUGUAGAAGUAUAUGCCCCAUAAUUUAUUUUCCUAUUUUAAUUGGACAAAUUAGUUUUAUGUAUAUUUUGUAUUCUAAACUUUCCAGUAUAUUGUUUUGCCAGGGUAAAUUAAGAUUAUUUUGUUGAAUGCUGUAGUUAGUGUAAAAGCUCUCACACUUAAGUAUAAAUGUAUUGUAAACAUUGUUGUGCAAAUUGUAAUCUUUUCAUGCACUAAAGUACCUAUAUAUAUGUGUGUGAGAUAGGACUUUUCCUUUCUGAAAGUGGUUUGAGCAUUUUACCCCAAGUCCAAUGCUUUUAAAUCAUUUUAUCACAAACAUAUGAUAAAGUGGAUAUUCAGAGACUAAUCUCACAGAAAGAUAUUGGGGAAAAUACCUGGGUUUUUUUUCCAGAAUAUUAUCUCCCUUUAAUAUGAGACAAAGCGUUAAACCUUCAUAAAAGAACAUUUGUAUUUUGUCCUAUCUCUUGUUAACUACACACAUUGUUUGCUUCAGUGUUUGCUGCUUUGUCUAGUUCGUAAAUGCAAUGUACAAUAUUGAAAUGUUCUAUCAUAUUCAUUAAAAACAUUUCCAAUAAUGUUCUUUUACCAAAAAUUCUAUAUAUAUAUUGCUUUAAAUGUGCUUUAGAUAUUUCUGUUGAAUUUAAUGCUUUUAAUCACUCAUUAUUUUCAUUAUUUUUAUAGAAAAAUAUCUUUUUAUACUUUUAUUCAACAAUGUCUUUAACUGUUGUCCAUUUUAUCUGUGCAAAUGUUAUAUUACCACAAUGAAGUGCUAGUUUACAAUCUUUAAACAGUUAUAUGAUGCUAAUUGGCCAUAAAAUGUGUUCCAUACAAUCUUUAUUUAUUGUCACUUACUUUGCCAAUUAAUAUUAAAGGUACAGUAUUAGUACUGUGUUGUUUUAGUAAUGUUAA